UCUGACCCGGCUUCGCCUUCCCAGGAGCCCCGUGAUGCUGCCCAGGCUGUGAACAGGGGAGGCGGCAACUGUGCGGGGCUGCUGGCAGCCGGGGCUGGGAGAGACAUGUGGACACGUGACCUCUAUGGCUCCCGCCUUCCAGAUCCUCCGCUGGGCCCUCGCCCUGGGGCUGGGGCUCACUCUCAAGGUCACACAGGCCUUCAGGUCUCAAGAUGAAUUCCUGUCCAGCCUAGAGAGUUAUGAGAUCGCCUUCCCCACGCGAGUGGACCACAACGGGGCGCUGCUGGCCUUCUCACCCCCCGCUCCGCGGAGACAGCGGCGGGGCGCGGGGGCCUCCUCCGAGUCCCACCUCUUCUACAAGGUGGCAGCCCCCAGCACCCACUUCGUGCUGAACCUGACGCGCAGCCCCGGCCUGCUGGCCGGCCACAUCUCCGUGGAGUACUGGACGCGCAAGGGCCUGGCCUGGCAGCGGGCCGCCACGCCCCACUGUCUGUACUCCGGCCACCUGCAGGGCCACGCGGGCAGCUCCCAGGUGGCCGUCAGCACCUGCGGGGGCCUGCAUGGCCUAAUUGUGGCCGACCAGGAAGAAUAUUUGAUCGAGCCCCUGCAUGGGGAGGGCAAAGGGGUCCGUGGUCCAGAGGAGAGCGGCCCCCAUGUGGUGUACAAGCGGUCCUCCCUACGGCACCCUCACCUGGACACAGCCUGUGGUGUCAGAGAUGAGAAACCGUGGAAGGGGCGGCCGUGGUGGCUGCGCACCCUGAAGCCGCCGCCUGCCCGGCCCGCGGGUGGCAACGAGACGGAGCGGGGCCAGCCGGGUCUGAAACGCUCCGUCAACCGGGAGCGCUACGUGGAGACCUUGGUGGUGGCCGACAAGAUGAUGCUGGCUUACCACGGGCGCCGCGACGUGGAGCAGUACGUGCUGGCUAUCAUGAACAUUGUUGCCAGACUGUUCCAGGACUCGAGUCUGGGAAACAUCAUCAAUAUCCAGGUGACGCGCCUCAUCCUGCUGACCGAGGACCAGCCCACCCUGGAGAUCACCCACCAUGCCGGAAAGUCCCUGGACAGUUUCUGUAAGUGGCAGAAAUCCAUCGUGAACCGCGGUGGCCACGGCAAUGCCAUCCCCGAGAACGGCGUAGCCAACCACGACACUGCGGUGCUCAUCACGCGCUACGACAUCUGCAUCUACAAGAACAAACCCUGCGGCACCCUAGGCCUGGCCCCCGUCGGGGGGAUGUGUGAGCGAGAGAGAAGUUGCAGCAUCAAUGAGGACAUAGGCCUGGCCACGGCCUUCACCAUCGCGCACGAGAUUGGCCACACGUUUGGCAUGAACCACGACGGUGUGGGCAACAGCUGUGGGGCCCGGGGACAGGACCCCGCGAAGCUCAUGGCUGCCCACAUCACCAUGAAGACCAACCCCUUCGUGUGGUCCUCCUGCAGCCGAGACUAUAUCACCAGCUUCCUGGACUCGGGCCUGGGGCUCUGCCUCAACAACCGGCCCCCCAGGCAGGACUUCGUGUACCCGACGGUGGCGCCCGGCCAGGCCUACGACGCGGACGAGCAGUGCCGCUUCCAGCAUGGCGUCAAAUCGCGUCAGUGUAAAUUCGGGGAGGUUUGCAGCGAGCUGUGGUGUCUGAGCAAGAGCAACCGCUGCAUCACCAACAGCAUCCCGGCCGCGGAGGGCACCAUCUGCCAGACCCGCACCAUAGACAAGGGGUGGUGCUACAAAAGGGUUUGUGUCCCCUUUGGGUCGCGGCCGGAGGGUGUGGAUGGAGCCUGGGGUCCAUGGUCCCCGUGGGGUGACUGUAGCCGGACGUGUGGCGGCGGAGUGUCCUCAUCCAGCCGGCACUGCGACAGCCCCAGGCCAACCAUCGGGGGCAGGUACUGUCUGGGUGAGAGGCGGAGACACCGUUCCUGUAACACUGACGACUGCCCCCCAGGCUCCCAGGACUUCCGGGAGAUGCAGUGCUCGGAGUUUGACAGCAUCCCCUUCCGGGGGAAAUUCUACACGUGGAAGACCUACCGGGGAGGCGGCGUGAAGGCUUGCUCGCUCACCUGCCUGGCUGAAGGCUUCAACUUCUACACGGAGCGGGCAGCCGCCGUGGUGGACGGCACUGCCUGUCGCCCCGACACCGUGGACAUUUGCGUCAACGGCGAGUGCAAGCACGUGGGCUGUGACCGAGUGCUCGGCUCCGACCUGCGGGAGGACCGGUGUCGGGUAUGCGGGGGUGACGGCAGCGCUUGCGAGACCAUCGAGGGGGUUUUCCACGCCGCCUUGCCCAGCAGCGGCUACGAGGAGGUCGUGUGGAUCCCCAAAGGCUCCGUGCACAUCUUCAUCCAGGACCUGAAUCUCUCCGUCAGCCACCUGGCCCUGAAGGGAGACCAGGAAUCCCUGCUGCUCGAGGGGCUGCCGGGGACCCCCCAACCCCACCGCCUGCCCCUGGCCGGGACCACCUUCCAACUGAGACAGGGACCAGAUCAGGCGCAGAAUCUGGAAGCUCUGGGACCCAUUAACGCUUCUCUGAUCGUCAUGGUGCUGGCCCAGACCGAGCUUCCUCCGCUGCGCUACCGUUUCAACGCCCCCGUCUCCCGCGACUCGCUGCCCCCCUACUCCUGGCACUACGCGCCCUGGACCAAGUGCUCGGCCCAGUGUGCGGGCGGCAGCCAGGUGCAGGCGGUGGAGUGUCGCAACCAGCUGGACAGGUCGGCGGUGGCCCCCCACCACUGCAGCGGGCACAGCAAGUUGCCCAAGAGGGAGCGCGCCUGCAACACGGAGCCCUGCCCGCCCGAGUGGGUCGUGGGAAACUGGUCCCGCUGCAGCCGCAGCUGUGAUGCGGGCGUGCGCAGCCGCUCCGUCGUGUGCCAACGCCGUGUGUCCGCCUCGGAGGAGAAGACGCUGGACGACAGCGCCUGCCCGCAGCCUCGCCCCCCGGUGCUGGAGGCCUGUCAGGGUCCUGUGUGCCCCCCGGAGUGGGCCGCCCUGGAGUGGUCGGAGUGCACCCCCAGCUGCGGGCCGGGUCUGCGCCACCGUGUCGUUCUGUGCAAGAGCGCCGACCACCUUGCCACCCUCCCCCCAGCACACUGUCCACCCGCGGCCAAGCCCCCCACCACGCUGCGCUGCAACUUACGCCGCUGUCCCCCCGCCAAAUGGGUGGCAAGUGAGUGGAGCGAGUGCUCUGGACCAUGCGGCCUGGGGCAGCAGCAACGCACCGUGACCUGCACCAGCCACACGGGCCAGCCCUCGAAUGAGUGCCCCGAGGCCCUGCGGCCACCGGCCACGCAGCAGUGCGAGGCCAAGUGUGACAGCAGCGUGCCCCCUGGUGACAGCCCCGAAGAAUGCAAGGAUGUGAACAAGGUCGCCUACUGCCCCCUGGUGCUCAAAUUCCAGUUCUGCAGCCGAGCCUACUUCCGCCAGAUGUGCUGCAAGACCUGCCAGGGCCGCUAGGGGGAGCGCCCGGGGCUGGGGACGGGGUGG